AUGCGCCUCUUCUCCGCACUACUCCUCUCCCUAAUCGGAGUCGCCAUCGCUGCCCCAGCCGGCUCAAAAAAGAACGUCUACCUCGCAACCUGCACAACACGCGGACCCGAAUGCAGCAUCCCCAUCCUCUGCUCCUCCCUAGACAAUACUUCUCCGUCCGACACCGCGGCAGCCGAGACCUUCUCCGCAGUAAUCUACUACAACGGUCCCGCAAAGUCUCGCUCUAGCCCCACCGACGUCGGCACCGUUUCCUCGCCCUCUCGCCCAUGGGAAGGUGCUACUCGUAGAGCGUCGUUGGACAUCGCAGGUGCGUUUGAAGGGAAGAUCGACGCGGAUGCGGCUGCGCUCAGCAAGAGCCAGAUCGCGGGGAGUGCGAAGUUGGGGAAAGAAGAGCUGGUGUGCUUCAAGGAUGGGGAGGCGACGUUUAAGUUUGGGGAGGGGUUGCUAGCGUUGCGCAGUGUGAAUUGUCGGGCGGAUUAUUGGUGUGGUAGUAUUUCUGUGUGA